UGAAAUUUAAAAAAAUGCGCGCACUGAUUUUUCAAAUAUUAAAAUACUCAUUUUUCAAUUUUUUAUUCUUCGUACAUUUUAUUUAUUUAAUAAAAAAGUGCCAAGUGUCAGCUACAUCACAUUCAUUAAUUUUGAGGCUGUUUUUUGGUCUAUAGAUAAGGCACCAGUAUGUUGACAAAACAAUCAGAAAUUUAUGUCACUGAAAAAAUAUUUGCUUACAAGACUUGACACAACAAGUGACGAUAAAAAAUGGAUCCUAAAGAUGGUUUACCGGAUGCAAUUUGUUUGAAUUGUAAAAGAAAAGUUGAAGAGUUUGAUAAAUUCAAAAAUUUAAUUAAACUUUCUGAUGAAACACUCAGAUCAUAUAUGAAAAUAAAUGAUGAAAAUAAUCCCGAGCUCUGUAUUAAUCAAGACAAUAUAUUUCCUGAUAAUAAUGAUUCGCGAAUUACUUACAUAGUUACGUUGCCGAAUGACUCAACGCAGAUAUGGGACACCGAAGAUUCAUUCGAACUCAAAAAGAAUGUAGACGAAGAGACGGAAGAAGUUGACGAUGAUGUGAAGUUGGAGUAUUUUUACGAGAACGAAGAGGACUGCGGUGACAAUAAUAAUGACAUAAGUGUAAGUAAGUGUAGGAAAAACAUUGAUAUCUAUUGCCAACUGUGCUCAAAAAAAUUCAGUUCACUCAAAGAGUUGAAGAAACAUGUUAUCGAACACUGUUUAUUAAGUGAAACGCGGAAAGCAGCCAGCAAAAAUUUAAUGAAAGAAAUUACGGAAGAAGAUUUUAACUCAAGUGAAGACCAGGAAAGUCCGCAAUUAUCAUCAAGCCCUUCAACAAAAACACUAGAUUCUACAGAAGAUAAAAUCGCUAACGAAUCAACUACUCAGUCUCCAAUAAUUACAAAAAAAGCAUCCGGAAAUACGCGAGUUCAAAGAACGAACAAGAGAAAAAUUGUACCGCAUUCUCAGCGGCAAUAUCCGAUAGUUAGAAAUAAAUUAGAUAGAAUAAUUGACCAAGGCGGUAUUUGUUUAGGUUUCAAGUUCAAAGACAACUACUUCGAAAGUGUUGUGUUGUGCAAAUACUGUAGCCAAGAGUUAACAACAGACAUGAUCAAUGACCAUGCGAGUGAAUGUUCAAUUAAAAAUCGUAAUUUGAUAUGUGAAGAGUGCGGCAAACAAUUUAAUUUAUUUACUGAGCUGAAAAAUCACAAAACAACACACUCGUUAAAACCGCUGACGUGCGUACACUGCAAUAUUAAUUUUUCAAAUAUCAGUACAUACAAUACGCACAUGAAAAGACAUACUCUCGGGACCAGGUUUAAUUGUGAAACAUGUGGCAAAAAGUUCUUUUCAAACUCCGAGUUGAUACGACAUGUACAGAAACAUUUAAAUAACAAACAAUACACGUGUAAUCGUUGUGAUGCGUCAUUCGUAACACGGCCUGAAUUAACGCGGCACCUCAAGUACCACACGGGGUUGAAAAAAUUCCAGUGUUAUAUUUGCUUGAAAACGUAUUACGAGUCGGGUCAUUUGAAAAUCCACAUGCGGUGUCAUACUGGAGAAAAGCCUUUCGUUUGCCAGACUUGCAACAAGGCUUUUAUCACUAAAUCUAAAUUGAAAAGACAUGAGAAAAUUCAUAGUCCGAAAACAGAUUAGCAAAUAAUCAGGAGAUGUAGGGUAGAGGUGCCGUUUUUGACACUUGAAAAAUUGAUUAAAAUAAUUUUUCAAAGGCGCAAUGACAAUUAAUUUUUAAAAUGUGUACAAAGUUACUUUUGUCAUAUUAUUCGCGACACUAAUUCCAAAGGGACAUAUUUUUUUACGACCUUUUGGCUUUAGUAACUAACUUCAAAACUAAAAGGGCGUAUAAAUUUUUUUUUAUUGCAAAUGUUGUCGACUUAAGGUAUGAGACCGAGUACUUGAUCAGGGAACUAGUCGAUCACUCAUGUAUUUGUAUAUCUAUAUUUACCAAAUUUUAUUAACUAUAGAUAUAUAAAUACAUGGAGUGAUCGGGUACUAGGUAUUUUACCUUAUUCUGGAGCUGAAAAAUUGGAAAAUAAAUUUUUAGCUAUAAAAUAAGUCUACAAGAUGAUUGGCAAUGAAAAAAAAAUUAUACGCCCUUUUGGUUUUAGAGAGUUUCCUGAAACCAAAGGAGCGCAUAAAAAUGUACCUGACGAUCUGAAGAAAUGAAUGAAGAAAUUUUAUGUAAUUUGACUACUUAAAGGUGACUUGAGGGGUAAUGAGAGUGACUGAAAUUUUUCGGCUGACAUACCAGCAUCUAUGCGAAAUAUUUAAAAAAUCUGGACCCAGUAUAUUUUAUACUUUUUAUUUUCUUCCACAAAAAACGUUUCGAUCUUCAGGUACGGUUACAUGACUAAAUAUCACAUUUAUAAUAGCUAAUGGUGUCAAAUUUUGGAAUUACAGUGGAAAUAUUAGCCGUAUAAAAAAAUUUUUCAAAUAAAAGUUGUAGAAAAUUUUAUUUUCUAGAGAAAAUGUCUCUUAAGAUUUUUUUAUACGACCAAUAUUUUCACCGUAAUUUCAAAAUUAAGAUUUUCAUACUUAAGAAAAAAUUGAACAAUUCAUUAUGAAUCUCAAUUUUGGAAUUACGGUGAAAAUAUUGGUCGUAUAAAAAAAUCAUAAGAGACAUGUUUUUUAUAAAAAUAAAUUUCCUACAACUUUUGUUUGAAAACUUUUUUUAUAAGACCAAUAUUUUCGCCGUAAUAACCAACAUUUGAACUAUUCAUUUCAAAAUUAAGGCAAAAAAAUCUUGUCCCUAGUCGUGUAAUAUUACGACUGUGAUAUUUAGUCAUGACACCUCAGGUACAUGCAUAAAAAUAUGUCCUUAAAAAUUAGUAACACGUCUUACAAUAUAAAUUUUGUUCUAUACAUUGUCAUUAAUUAAAAUAAAGUGUCCAAAAAUGAGUGGCCACAACUGCUACUUCUGCAAAGAU